GAAGAAUCCGCAUUACGGUGUUUGUGAUAAUGAUGUGAUACGAUUUUUACACCGAGUUGAAAUAAAAAUUUACAUCACCUAUACAUUAAAUAGAUGGUUCUUUUGAACGAACAACUUUUUUAUUCAACAUUUUAUUUUCAAAUAUGUUUCGAAUCACUUUAGGUUUGACGAGGUUAAGCGGAGCAAUACCUAAUUUCGGCUUAAAAAAUGCAAUAUUUAAACAGGUGAAACAGAAAAAUAAUCAAUAUUACAUGAGAAAAUUAUACAGCACUUCAAGAACACAAAAUGUUUAUUUAGUUGAUGAAGACUCAGACAAUGAAAAUAAAGUUUACAGCGUCAACAGAUACAGUAACCGUACUUACACUUGUGGAGAGCUUAGGAGUAAAAACGUGGGUGAAACUGUUGAACUGAAUGGUUGGUUACAGUUUCAAAGAAUGAACAAAUUCAUUAUAUUGCGUGACAGUUAUGGAGAAACCCAACUUGUUGUCAAUGACAAAGAUACUGAGUUACAAAAAUUAAUUUCAGACAUUCCACUGGAAUCAAUUAUAAAGGUUAAAGGAACAGUAUUAUCCCGUCCCACUGAAAUGUACAAUAAAAAGCAGGCGACUGGUGAAGUGGAGGUGUUGGUGGAUGAGCUGAAAGUAUUAAACGCCAGCAAGGAUAAUUUACCAUUCAACAUCCGUGAGUUCCAAAAGGCAAAGGAGUCCUUAAGGAUGCAAUACAGAUAUCUGGACCUCCGGUUUCCACAAAUGCAGAGGAACCUGAGGGUCAGGUCGCAAAUGUUAAUGAAAAUGAGGGAGUUCUUGGUCAACAGUCACUUUGUGGAUGUGGAAACGCCAACCCUAUUUAAAGCCACUCCUGGGGGCGCCCAGGAGUUCGUGGUGCCUACAAAAUUUCCCGGCCUCUUCUAUUCUUUAGUCCAGAGCCCCCAGCAGUUCAAACAGAUGUUGAUGGCCGGGGCUUUGGACCGCUACUUCCAGAUAGCUCGUUGUUAUCGUGACGAAGGCAGCCGGCCCGACCGUCAGCCGGAGUUCACGCAACUCGACAUAGAGCUGUCGUUCACUGAUCUCGAUAAAGUAUUAACCCUCAUUGAGGAACUACUUGGCUAUUCGUGGCCCAAGUUCCACAGCCCUCUACCGACGAAGUUCAACAGGAUGUCGUUUGAGGAGGCGAUGGAGUCUUACGGGACUGACCAACCGGACGUCCGAUUCGAUUUUAAGCUUCAAAACUGCACUGAUAUUUUAGGGUUAAACUCGAAAUUAGUUGGUGACAAUAAAGAUUUUGGUGCGUAUUACCUGCAGUUCCCCAAGGAGUACGCCAACUUGAGCAAAUCUGUUAAGGAAAACAUGUCCAAAGUCGCAGUCAAGUACCCUUCAGUAAAAUUUCUACAAAACAAAGUUCCUAACGCAAAAGAAUGGUGUUCCAAGGUGGCAAAACUGUUGGGCGACAAAGUUACCCACAGAUUCACUGAAGAGCACAAACUAAAGGACGAAUCAAUUUUAUUUAUGGCCUACGGAAAUAAACGAGACGUCUUGACUCUGUUGGGCAAAAUAAGACUGGAAUACGUGAACUUCUUGGAGAGCUUGGGGGUGACAAUCAGAAAGAAGGGUUUCCACUUCCUUUGGGUGGUAGACUUUCCGCUUUUCGAACUGGAUGAUGACGGUAACUUGGCUUCGCCCCAUCAUCCGUUCACUGCACCCCACCCAAGUGACAUUCACCUUUUAAAAAGCAAUCCCUUAAAAAUUAGAGCCUUAUCUUAUGAUCUAGUGUUAAACGGCAACGAAGUAGGAGGCGGAUCCAUUCGUAUCCACGAUCCGGUUUUACAAGAAACUAUUUUGAAUAUGCUUAAAAUAGACAAAAGCUCACUGCAACACAUAAUUGAUAUGCUUGCUUCAGGUUGUCCGCCUCAUGGAGGCAUAGCACUAGGCCUUGACAGACUUCUCUCCUUCGUCCUUAAUACUACAAGCAUUCGAGAUGUAAUCGCUUUUCCUAAAACUUUUGACGGUAAAGAUCCUGUUAGUGGGGCCCCUUCACCUCUUACAGAGAAAGAUCAAAGAAUUUAUCAUAUUCAGCCUUUAAACAAUGAUAAUAAAAGCUAACUUUUUAUGCUUUAAUUGACUUUAUUUCUACUUAAACCCAAGCGCUUUAGGGAGUCUUUUAUUGUUGAAAUUAAAAUCAAAAUGUUGACCUUAUAAAAUUUGUUACUUAUUUUAUAUAAAUAAAAUAUGUUAAGAACGUUUUA